AUGUCAACGGACCCAUCGGCAAUCAUGCCUUCUUCUUACCCAUCACAGGAUGGACGGAUAAAGUAUGACCAAUUUUUCAUAUUUGGAGAUUCAAUCACCCAAUUCUCGUACGAUCAACGUUUGGGCUUUGGCUUCGGCGCUGCUCUAGAAAGUGAUUAUGCUAGACGUCUCGAUGUAGUCAAUCGAGGAUUUAGCGGGUAUACGACCGCGAAUGCCAAAGUUCUGUUUCCAAAAAUCUUUCCCACAUUACAGGAAGGCCGGGUCCGUUUAAUGACGAUAUUCUUUGGCGCAAAUGAUGCCGUCUUGCCACCAUAUGCCCAACAAGUGUCCCUUGACCAAUACAAGGAAAACCUCAAAUUCCUCAUCCAGCAUCCUUCAGUCAGGGAACACGGCACCAAAAUCAUUGUCCUGACCCCUCCUCCAAUCAACGAGCACCAAUUAAAGUUUUUUGAUGCAGAAAAGGGCUUUGAGACCCCCAGUCGAACAGCUGCCAACACCAAGCGGUACGCUGAUGCGUGUCGCGACGUUGCCCAGUCGCUGGGGGUACCCGUGGCCGAUAUUUGGACGGCGAUUAUUAAAUCGACUGGGUGGGAGAUUGGGCAGCCGCUGACUGGUUCAAAGGAUGUCCCUGCAAAUGAACAGCUGGCGAGUAUGUUGACUGAUGGUCUGCAUUUCACCGGCAAUGGAUAUAAAGUCAUGUAUGAUGAGGUCAUGAGAACUAUACGGGAUACUUGGCCAGAGGAAGCCCCGGAGAAUCUUCGCGAGGUCUUUCCACCCUGGGACAUUGCUCCCAAAUGA